AUUUUAAAAACACCUUAGCGCACAAAGUCGUGGGAGUUCACGCAAAAACGUUAUACAUAAAAAACUGAUUUGCAGCGCAACGCAUUUUCACAAACACUUGGCUCCACUUUUAACCUGAUACCGUAACCCGUCAACCCAAUGCCGUAAAUUCAAUUUCAGUUUCCGAAUUCUAAGCGCUAAGUCGGUGACUGGACAACCAACCGGCGCCUGCGAACUGAUAAGGAGAAAAGCCAAUGCACUGAUUAAUAGCAAAGAGUAAAUGAAGGCAAUGCUCCCAUGUGCAACGUGAUAAGGAGCUACAAAAGCAAGGAGUAAUUUCUAAACCGCCAGAAAUAUUUUGCAUCCGGCAGGUAUAUUUUCUUCAGUUUUCUUGAUUCCAGCUUUCCAAUGGCUUAAACAAGACAGAAUUUAUUCAAUUAAAUGUUGAUAAGAAUUGUCAUAUAAAUAUCUCAUCAAAAAAUAUUACCCAUCCCAGUUUGAAUAGAUUCCAGUCUGCAUAAUGCAGAAUUAUCCUUUAAAUUCACUCUGCACAAAACCCUUUAUGAAAAAUCUUACUAAUGGUAAGUACACAUUACUCUUAUACGCGCAAUUUCGGUUUAUGACAACCAGCAAAAGGAUCCAAGACCGCAGCAAGAGUAAGCGAGUCCACCACCUAGAAAUCGUCAUAGAAAAGCACAAAAUAAUCUCCAAAAUCUUGAAUUUAUUAGAAAUCCUCAAAAAAGAACCCGAACAAAUCAUAACCUUAAAAAAUCUUGACCAGCAUCGAAAACAAAUCAAUCUUCCCAAGCCCCACAAAAUUUCUGAUUUUCUUCAGAAAUCUCCAAAGCUCUUUGAGCUGUACAAGGACCAAAGGGGUGUUGUUUGGUGUGGAAUGACACAAAAGGCUGAGGAAUUGAUUAUAGAGGAGGAUGAGAUUAUAGAAAGGCAUAGUGAUAAGGUUGCAGAAUAUGUGACUAGAAUGCUGAUGAUGGCAGUAGAUAAGCGUCUACCGCUGGAUAAGAUUGCACACUUUAGACGAGAUUUUGGUUUGCCUUUGGAUUUCAGGAAGCAUUGGGUGUAUAAGUAUCCUGAAAAUUUUCGUGUAGUUCAGCCGUUCAAGCCUUAUGAUGAGGGAGAGUACUUGGAGCUUGUGUCCUGGAAGGCUAGUUGGGCAGUAACGGAGUUGGAGAAGAAGGUGUUAGGUUUAAAUGAAGAGUUGGAUGCUAAUGAUCAUGUCCCGGGAUUGCUUUCAUUGGCUUUUCCUCUGAAGUUUCCGUCUAAUUUUAAGAAGGUGUAUAGGUAUGGUGGGCAAAUCGACCAUUUCCAAAAGAGGGAGUAUCUUUCUCCUUAUGCAGAUGCUCAUGGUUUAACAGCUGGGUCACGAGAGUUUGAUAAGAGGGCAGUUGCAAUAAUGCACGAGUUGCUUAAUUUCACGCUUGAAAAGAGGUUGGUGACUGACCAUCUUACACAUUUUAGGAGGGAAUUUGUCAUGCCUCAGAAGCUAAUGAGGCUUUUGCUAAAGCAUUUUGGGAUUUUUUAUGUUUCUGAAAGGGGAAAAAGGCUUAGUGUGUUCUUGAAUGAGGCUUACAAAGGAUCAGAGUUAAUUGAGAAGCACCCUUUGGUUGUUUGGAAGGAAAAGGUUCUAAGACACAUUGGUUAUAGAGGGAAGAAGAAGGAGAUAGGGACUUUUGAUCAUUUGUCGGACAUGGAGGAUAAGGAUUUGUUUGAGAGUGAUUCAGAAGAUGAGAGUGUUAAGCUGCAAUUCGAGCAGGCUGACACCUUGAGUUGUUUAGAAAGCGAUCUACCUCCGGAUGGUUCUGAGAUGGAGAUUGAGGAGAUUUGCAGGGCAUACGAGGAUUGAAUUAUCACAAGACUGUACUGCUGGCUGACACCAGAUUCUACAACUUGGGCAUUACGAUUAUGCGUUAAUGUUAAGAGAUUGGACAUAAUUCUUCUUUGAAGGGUUGGUGCAAUGCAGGGAUCAAUAGAGACCCCAAGGCUCUUGAUUUUCUUCUACAUUGGUAAACUUUACAAUUGCGGUAUUUGUUCAGCCUUACAGGUCAGCCGUUACAUUAUGAAUACCCACAUCUAAGAAGCAAAGGUGGCUAAUUUUUUGCAUCCACACCACAAGAAACUUCUGGAAAUAUUUCUACCUCCGAAUGUCUGAUAGGUGUCCAGUUGCUUUGACAACGACUUAUGAUAUCAUUAACAGAAUUUCAUAAACAAGUUACAAGAGCUUUCUGAUUUUUCGAGCGCAAGAACAAGGCUAAAAAGAAUGAGACUGUACAUAGUAGCAUACAUCUCUGGAUAUUCUUAUUUAUUAGCUCAGGCCAAAAUCCACAAUGUUUGCACUGGAAAAAAAUGUGCUUUCUGUUAUGUUACAUACGCAGAAUUAUUUAUUUCUGAUUUGCGAUGAGCUAAUGAAAAAUCAUUGUACUACUGA